AUCUUUAAAUCAUUCCCUUCUUUUCUCAUUUCCAUCAAAACCUUGACCACAAAGAACAACAAAAAGAAGAGAGAAAUCUUUCUCUCUUGCACAAAAACAUGAAGAACAAUAACAAUAACAAUACAAAGCUUAUUCUCCUUCACCCUUAUAUCCAGAAACAAGGAAGCUCUAAUCGCUUAUGGCUUCUUGCCUUUGUUUCAUUUUUCACUAUUGCUUUUCUUGUAACUCUUAUAUACACAAGAGACUCUUUACCUAGUAAAACCGCCACAUCUGCUGCUGGCGCCGCCAUAACAACUGCCGCUUCCUCCUCUAUCUCCGCCAAUGCACCAUUACCUACCACUGUUAUCAAUACUCUUCUCCAUUAUGCUUCAAGAUCAAAUGACAGUUUCCAUAUGUCGUAUUCUGAAAUCAAACCCAUAUCUGAUGUUCUUAGAAAAUGCUCUUCUCCAUGUAAUUUUCUUGUUUUUGGGUUAACACAUGAAACCCUUCUUUGGAAAGCUUUAAACCACAACGGUCGAACAGUUUUUAUAGAUGAAAAUCGCUAUUACGCAGCCUAUUUCGAAGAGUUACAUCCAGAAGUCGAUGUUUUUGAUGUGCAAUACACAACAAAAAUGGGAGAGUUUAAAGAAUUGAUAGCUUCUGCAAAAGACCAAAUACGCAACGAAUGCAGGCCAGUUCAAAAUCUACUUUUCUCUGAAUGUAAGCUUGGGAUCAAUGACUUGCCCAAUCAUGUAUACGAAGUAGACUGGGAUGUUAUAUUGAUCGAUGGGCCACGCGGCGACGGACCAGAGGGGCCAGGGAGGAUGACACCAAUAUUUACAGCAGGAGUGUUAGCUAGAAGCAGAAAGGCCGGAAAUGGAAAGACUCAUAUAUUUGUGCAUGAUUAUUACAGAGACGUGGAGAAAGUGUAUGGGAAUGAGUUUUUAUGCAGAGAAAAUUUGGUAGAGGCUAAUGAUAUGUUAGCUCAUUUUGUGGUGGAAAAGAUGGAUGAGAAUAGCUUCCAAUUCUGUGGCAGCAAAACGUCAAAAUCAAAAUCAGUUUCUUGAUCAUCAUUUUAUAAAUAGUAAUUGUUUUGUUGGGUAUUAUAUGAUCAAGAAAAUUAAGCACAUAUAUAGUCAUCCUUGCAGUGGUAAAAAAUGGUAAGGUAAACGGAAAUUUAUUGUUAUUUAUCAUCAUUUGGAAGUUUUCAUCGACUUCUUUUUGUUUUCUUGGAAUUGGGGACUGGCAAGGAAAGUAAAAAAUAAUUCUUUUUUGGCAAAUUGUAAUUUGGUGUUAAUGAAAGCUUCAGUUCAUUCCAUCUAUGUGUUA